AUGUUGGCCCUCGACCUACUACUACUCGCUUGCGCUACGCUGGCCGCGGGCCAAUUCAAUUGCACUCAAGCCAACACGGCCUUCUGCGAAACCCCAGUAUCCGGUGUGACCACAGACUACAUUAUCUACCGUUGCUUCUACGACACUGGAACAGCAACACCCGGCAAUUGCAACGACGACCUUGCCGACGUUCCGCCCGUUGGGCUCAAAUACGCCUAUUGCUGGGAGUCUUCCCCAACUGCUGGAGAUGCGCAAUGUACCUAUAACUGUGUGGCCGUGACUGCUGCCAACGGCACGACGUUUUAUCCCGUGUGCUAUUUCGAGCGCGGUGCUAUCCUCUUCGAGCUCCUUAAGCUCCUUCGGUCCCAGCAGCGUCUCCCAGACUAG